UCAGCCCCCAAGGAAAGGGCGGAGCAGUUCAGCCCUUGAACCAGCGGCAGCGCCGAGGACUCUGGGAAGUAGGAAGUUAGGAGCGCGCUCUGCCCAUACCUCCUUCUAAAGAUUCGUGCGGCUAAGAACAUCCUGCUCCCCCAACUGAAUGAACGGCUAAUUAGUUUAUGAUAUCGUGGAACUGGGACCGCGGGGAAAGGAGCGACGAUCACAGGGGGAGAAGAGGCCCAAAGUGGGGAGAAUCCAGAGGUAGAGGGCAUAGCUCACGGCGGGAAGACGGGAUGGGAAUUGUAGAGGGCAUUACUCCCUUCCCCACGGGUUAGAGCUGGCAGCCCCAGGCAGCGUGGAUCCCGUGGGUUGUGUGUAGGGUGGUGGUGGGGGAGAAUAGGAUUGAAGUCUUCUCCAUGUGAGGUUUUUUUUGGGCGAAAGACCAGCUCCCGCGGGUGCCGGCUUGAGGUUCAUUCAUGGCCACACACAGAUCACCCCAAAGUCCGGAGCCCCUUCCGGCUCUGGAGUUAGGCAGGUACCGGAAAGUACCUGGGUAGGGCAGGAGCAGACCCCGGAGGGUUUGGCUGUGGCUGCCAUCUUCCCCUUUGGGAUCUUGUUUCCUGCUAAAACGUCCUGACUGGGGACAGAACAAGAUAAAAUUUUCACACAACCUGGAAGGACCCAGGAGUCCUGCCUCCCUCCUCCUAGGACCCAGACCCCCACCCCCUUCUUUCAAAUCGUCCAGCCCCAUGAAAGGCAGCAGAAUCCCAAGCACGAUCCAGGCUCCAAGCCUCAGGCUUCCCUUGCUCAUCCCUGGCAGCCUCAGACCCCUCUCCAUGUUGGAGAAGACUUGUGCCACCUCCUGAAACUUAGGGCCUUUGAUCUGAUCAGAGGUUAGGCACUCCUCUAACUCCAAAUUACUUUCCUGUUGACGUAUAUUUAAACACAUCCCCUUCUGUCUGGGGGGGGAGGGAGGGCAGGGACCCUGCUUUACUUCUACCUUAGUUGGUGACUCCCUCACUGCAAUCCCUCCACCCGAAUGAAAUCCCCUUGUUGCCACUUGGGCUGUCCUCUGUUUCAGGUUACCCCAAGCAGGCUCUGUUCAGGCUACAUAGGAAAUACUGACCAAAGAGAGGGCACUAGAACUGGAAAGAGUUGAGGAAGGCUUCUUGCAGGAGGUGAGAUUCUAGUUUGGACUUUAGGUAAGCCGGGGAGGUCAUUGGUCUGAGCUGGGGAAGAGAGAGCAUUCUGCCUGCCCAUGGGGGACAGCCAGAGAAAAUGCCUGUGACCUGAGAGUGGGGGUGGGGUGGGUUCCUGUUAUGGAACUACCAGGAGGCUAAUCUGUCCAGGUUCCAGAAUAUGUUUCAGGGAGGAAGGUGGAAGUAGCCUGGCAGGGUAGGAGGGGGAUGGGUCCUAAAGGGCUUUGGAUGCCAGAGAACAUUGAGGCCUUGAUCAUGGAAGAAAUUUUACUAAGCACUGGGGCUAAUGAGAGGCCCUGAGCCUGAGCAAAGUCACCUCAGGGGCUGAAAUGAGAGCAGGAAUAAAGGGAGACUAGGAAGACCCUCCCAGAAUGAGCUGCCCAGAAUCAAGCAGGAAGUCUUGGUCCUCAGAUUCCUUUGCUUUUCUUUUGCUGGAUGGGAAAUCUCUCAUUUUCCUUGCAGCUUCCUUACUCUGCCUUCCCUUGGAGCUGCAAUCUCACUGCCUUCUGGAGGUCACAGGAGAUGGUGACAUUCAAGGAUGUGGCUGUGGACUUCACUCAGGAGGAGUGGUGCUUCUUGGCCCCUCCCCAGAAGGAACUGUACAAGGAGGUGAUGCUGGAGAAUGCAUGGAACCUGCUCUCUGUGGGGCUUGCAGUUUCCAGAGAAGAUGUGAUCUCUUAUUUUGAGCAAAGGGAAGCACCAUGGAUGCUAGAGCAAGAAGACCUGAGAAACUGCUCUCCAGAAAGAGAGAUGAGACCUAAAAUGAAGGGUACUCCAACAGAAGUGAGCCUCUCUGUGGAAGAAACGGGCCAACAAAGAUUCAUGAGUGAUGGUCCCGAUAACCUAGCUUGGAGAGAAUUUGGUGUUGAAUCUCAAAAUUCAUCCCUUAUUAAACAUCAAAGAAUGCACCCUGAGGAAAAAUCUAGUGAAUGUAAUCAGUGCAGAAAGACUUUUAUGUAUGGGGCCAAUCUUGCUGUACAUCAGAAAAUCCACAAUAGGGAGAAACAUUAUGAAUGCAAGCAAUGUGGAAAGACAUUCAGUCAGAGAUCCAGUCUUGCUGUACAUCAGAGAAUCCACACUGGAGAGAAACCUUAUGAAUGCAAACAAUGUGGAAAGACAUUCAGACUCAGAUUCAAUCUUGCUAAACAUCAGAGAAUCCACACUGGGGAGAAACCUUAUGAAUGCAAUCAUUGUGGAAAGACAUUCAGGGAGAGCUCCAGUCUUGCUGUACAUCAGAGAAUCCACACUGGGGAGAAACCUUAUGAAUGCAAUCAGUGUGAAAAGACAUUCAAUCAGAGGUCCAGUCUUGCUGUACAUCAGAGAAUCCACACUGGAGAGAAACCUUAUGAAUGCAAUGAGUGUGGAAAGACAUUCAAUCAGAGGUCCAGUCUUGCUGUACAUCAGAGAAUCCACACCGGGGAGAGACCUUAUGAAUGCAGUGAGUGUGGAAAGACAUUCAAUCAGAGGUCCAGUCUUGCUGUACAUCAGAGAAUCCACACUGGGGAGAAACCUUAUAAAUGCAAACAAUGUGGAAAGACAUUCAGUUGUAGCUCCAGUCUUGCUGAACAUCAGAGAAUCCACACUGGGGAGAAACAUUAUCAAUGCAAUCAGUGUGGAAAGACAUUCAAUCAGAGGUCCAGUCUUGCUGUACAUCAGAGAAACCACACUGGGGAGAAACCUUAUGAAUGCAAUCAGUGUGGAAAGACAUUCAAUUGUAGCUCCAGUCUUGCUGAACAUCAGAGAAUCCAUACUGGGGAGAAACCUUAUGAAUGCAAACAAUGUGGAAAGACAUUCAGUUGUAGUUCCAGUCUUGCUGUACAUCAGAGAAUUCACACUGGGGAGAAACCUUAUGAAUGUAAUCUGUGUGGAAAGACAUUCAGGGAGAGCUCUAGUCUUGCUGUACAUCAGAGAAUCCAUACUGGGGAGAAACCUUAUGAAUGCAAUCUGUGUGGAAAGACAUUCAGUUGUAGUUCUAAUUUUAAUGUACAUCAGAGAAUCCAUAGUGGGGAGAAACAUUAUGAAUGCAAUCAGUGUGGAAAGACAUUCAAUCAGAAGUCCAGUCUUGCUGUACAUCAGAGAAUUCACACUGGAGAGAAACCUUAUGAAUGCAAUGAGUGUGGAAAGACAUUCAAUCAGAAGUCCAGUCUUGCUGUACAUCAGAGAAUCCACACUGGAGAGAAACCUUAUGAAUGCAACCAGUGUGGAAAGACAUUCAGUCAGAGGUCCAAUCUUGCUGUACAUCAAAGAAUCCAUGAUAUGAAGAAAACUUAAGUCAAUGUGGAAAAACAGUCACAAUGAGUUCCAGUCUUUCUCAUCAUCAGAGAAUCCACACUGGUGUGGCCAAAAUUUAUCACACCAAUGCAAAAACUCCAAGUUAAUUAUGUUUAUUGAGAGCAGGCCAACCUCCCAUUAAAGCUGAACCCUUGUUCAGAUCAGGACCAGAGACCACAAGCCUUAGGAGAUAGCCUUUUUUAUAGAAGUCUGAUGACAUCCUCUCUCAAAAGACAGACUGAAUACAGAAUUUUCAUAUGGACAGAUCACAUCAGAUCUGAAUAAGCCAGAAAGUAUUAAAAAAAUAUUAUGGGUGGCAAAUGUAUAUCUAUUAUUAUUACUGACCUUUUCAGUAAAGGGUUAAGAUUUAAUGUUGUUUCCACUGACAACUAGGAGUCAGCAUUUAGAUGGAUGAAUGUGUGACUGACAUUUGCACCAGAGAUAAGUUUGGACCCAAGGGCAGUCCUCUACCUCCUGUCUUAUGAUCUUACAACAGGGUUUGGUGGGCUUGUUUGGAACUUUUGGUUUUCAGGCUUAAGGUCAAAAAGCUUGUCAGAAAUAUUUGAUACCAUCCUUAAAUUGUAUUUUAGCUAAUGUUUAUAAUUACUUUGAAACAAACUAUAUUAUCUGUGUUAUAAUCAUAAAAGCUAAUACUAUUGUAAUCAUAAAAGGCAGUUGGGGGAUUUCACACACACACUGGUAAGAAACUUUCUGGUAAGAAACAGGCAAUGUGGAGAGAUAUUCAGUUGGAGCUCUUGUCUUGCUAUUGUAUAAUUAGAAUUUUGCUGCUCCAAACUCUCCCAGUUUCCCAUAUUCCUUCUCAUUUCAUGUUCUAAGGGAGCGAAAUAUAUUUUUGUGUAGCUAUACCCUCUUGCUCUUCCCAGGAAUGAGAUUUAUGGAGGUGGGGCGAGUGCUAGGAAGGAGAAUUUCAUUCACGUGGCUUUUACUCAGGCUUUUACUUUAAGUGAUUAUUAAUAAACUUUAUAAAAUAUAA